AAGAUGUGCUUGUAUCAAGACUACUAGUUGCCAAGUAAAUUUGCCAAGUGGCAGAUGAUAUAAAGCACCUGCAGUGCGGAAGAGUGUUCUUCUUUUGAAAUUAGAAAAUCAUUACCAAAAAUGACAAAAAGUAAGAAACGGUUAAAAGAAGAGCUGGAGGCGAAAGCGCAGAGCACUGUUGUAGAGGAGCGCCUUACAACGACGAACGACGCUUAUACGCAGGGUGCCUUCUGUUACCUCCGGUUGCUCACACAUACUUUAGGGCUAUUGCAAUUUACCUACGGCAUCUACUACCAUUGGUUCAAUGUACAUUGGCCGCAACACUUGCAGGAUGAGGAAGAGUUGAAAACUCGCUGGGGUGGCAAAUUUAAAUAUCUCACUUUCCUUGAUGUGAUAUUGCAAGCGCUCUAUCACUUAGUGGCAUUGCUAAAUGAUCUUAUUGGCUCCAAUGCAGUAGGACCGCCGCGCACAAUGCCGGGCAUCCGUAAACUACGUGAUUAUAUAUUUGCUGCAUUUGCUUUUCCCAUAGCGCAUAAUGUGUGCAUCUCAUUUUGGGUUAUAUAUGCCUACGAUCGAGAACUCAUCUUCCCGUCAGCGCUGGAUGCAAUUUUCCCAAAUUGGCUCAAUCAUAUCGUACACACCAAUGUGGCCAUGCUCGGCAUACUCGACAUGUUUACCUGCUUCCGUCAGUACCCCAGCCGUGCAUCUGGACUCACUGGCACUAUUGCAUUCAUGGUGCUUUACCUUAUUUGGAUGCAUAUUGUACGCUUCUUUUCGGGCCAUUGGGUGUAUCCACUACUGGAAGUGCUUAAUCUACCGAUGCGUUACUUUAUGUUGAGCGCAUUGUUAGCUUUUACUGUGUUUUGUUAUUUCUUGGGUGAGUUUUUGAAUAACACUAUCUGGAGCCCAGAAUUACGUUUGCUGCAAAUGAAGCACGCUAAGAGCGACAAGAGUGCAUAAGUGAAAUAUCUGACAAUACAAAAAUGCGCAAACUCUAAGAAUGCAGUUAGAACACAGAAAAUUCUAGCUUUAAACAACGAAAGGACUUUAUUAUGGUACAGUAAAUUCUUUGUAAUUUUUUAUUUUGAAUAUUAAUUAUUGUAUACAAUUUUGACCAUGUAUAAUUUUAUAAAUAUGUUUCUGCUGCCAAAAUGUCUAUAAUAAUACAAAAAUUCUUAAGGCACUAACUAACCUAUUCAAUGGCCCUAUUCUAUUUUAGUUGAAAUUGUU